AUGCCUGGCUGUUUUAAAAAGACUUUAUUUGCCUUGGCUUCUCUAGUAAGUUUUGUGUCUUUUCUCUUGAUUGUUGUUUCAAUGGGGACCCCAAAGUGGACGACUGGAAAGAUCCUUUGCAAAACAGGAGCUGAUUUGGUCAAUGCCACAGAUCCAGAACUGGUUAAGUUCAUUGGAGAAAUUUACUACGGACUCUUUCAGGGCGGCAAAAUACGCCAGUGUGGGUUGGGUGGGCGGCGUUCCAAAUUCACAAUUUUCCCACACAUGGUGAAAAAGCUGAAUACAGGCCUGCACGUGAUGAUUAUAAUGUUCCUCUGCGUGGCCAUUUUCUUUUCUCUGGUCAGUUUUGGAUUCUGCAUUCUUAAUGCAAUAAAAGUUCCUUACCGGGCUAUUAAAGGUCCAGCGGGAGUAUGCCUUUGGAACUUCCUUGCAGGUGGAUUUAUAGUACUUGCAGUCACCAGCUUUAUGGCUGCUGUGAAACUUCAUCACCACACAGAAAGAAUUGCCAAUUUUCGGGAAAAUGUCUUUCAGUUCAUUAUCUUAGAAGAACGGUUUGAAGACUGUUUUUGGCUUUGUGUGGCAAGUGCCACAGCACAUGCAGUAAAUUUGCUGCUAAUAACCAUUAGUGGGAUUCAUUUCCCUAAAAUUAAGACUAAAACAGAAGAAGCAAACGUUACAGCAGAAGAUAUCAUGUACUAA